GUAAGAGGUGGAGAGGCAGAGAGGGAAGAUGGCGGGAAGGAGAGGAUAUCCGAUGUUACUUUGUGCGCAUCCUGCACACCACACAAGGCUGCUUUUGUGCUGGGCGGUGCAGGGUAACGACAUUUAAGAACAGGACCAGAAGUUGCCUGUUACUCAUCGAGACGAGCUACACACUCCAUCCAUGACUACCAACUGAGCUUUAUGUAAGUCAACAAAGGAAUCUUCGAGAAAGGAAACUCUGUCACGCCUACACUGUACACUUUACAGAAUCUCGUGAGAUUGACAGCCAUAACCACAGCACAGCCACAAACGUCACUCUUGCCAUCACGUCACAACUCAGCUUGUCGUCAGAACUCAACAUGACAUCAGAACUGAGUUUAAUGUCGAAACUAAACAUGACGUCAGAACUCAACAUGACGCCAGAGCUCAACAUGACGUCAGCGAGUGUAGAAGAAUACUUAGAACGUCUCAGCAGCGCCGCCUUCCUGAAGCUGUUUCCUUCUGUGCUCUUCAUCGCCGUUCUCAUCGCCGUGGGGAUUCCCGGAAACUUCCUCGUCUUCGUCGUCUACUUCAGGUACUUUGGGCCAAGCACCACCCGCGUCUUCGUGCUGGCCAUGGCGGUCGUCGACUUCCUAGUGGUGUCAGUGUGCCUGCCUCUGCAGAUUGUUUUCAUGAGUUCGCUGCGGAACGCUGGGGAUCCGUGGACGUGCAAGGCGCAGUACAUCCUGCAACAGUUCGCCAUCCUGAUGUCCGCCUGGCUGCUGGUGUGCGUGGCUCUGGAUCGGCACCGUCGUGUCUGCCAGCCCUUGAAACGACAGCUGACCCCGAAAAAUGCCCGCUGCCUCCUUCUCCUUCCCUGCACCAUUGCCGGCCUCGUCAAUUUUCCUUUCGUCCACCUCUACGGUCAUCGUAGCUUGCCCUCAGACCGGGAAGGAGUCGUCAGCCGCGUCUGCGCCGUUCAGGACGACUACGCCGGCUCGACAGUUGCCGCUGUCCACAACAUCGCCAUGAUGGGGUGUCUCUUGCUCGGCGUCGUGUCCUUGGUGGCGUCGUACAGCCACAUUCUCUGCAAGGUUCAGAUGUUGAAAAGGAGGCGGAUUAAAAUGAAGGCCUCUCUUCUGUAUUACGCCAGGAAAGAUGGAGCUGGGGACCACGCCGUUUACUCGGAUACCAACCCAAAAACUGACACCACGACUCAGGAUCACGAGGAAAGGCCUUGUAGAAACUUCUGUUGUUUCGAGAACGAUCAAAUGCAAGAUGUCCACUCGGACACUUCACAAUGCAUUAAAAACAACGGGGGAGUUUUAGAUGCUGGUUUAAAUUCUCAGAAAGCAAAGAAUACAAAUAACCCCCUCAAUCCUACAAUUGACGAAAAGCCCGAAGCUGACACACGAAAGUGACACUAGUAUUGUACCCGGAGCACACUCACAAGGUCCUCAAACGACGGAAGAAGGUCAGCAGCUGCAUGUGGUACCACGAGAUACAGAAUACUUCAAAAACAAGAUCAACAUCCGGCUGCCCAGCAAAAGCGAUUCACGUGAAGAGAUAAACGCAGGAAAGUCU